AUGUCCUGUCCCCAUGGCCAGAAAAUGGCCCUGAAGCUGGGCCAGCUGCCUGUGAGCUCCCACAUGGCCCCCCCAAUCUGGACACUGGCACUGCUGGUGGGGGCCGCCUGGGCCCAUAGCCACAUGUCUGCCUCCAUCCUGCAGGAGAAACCUCUGGACCAGAAGCUGGAGGGUCUGAUCUCCAAUGGCAGCAGCAUCAUCACCCAGUGUGACUUUGAGGAUGACAACAAACCCCUGUGUGGCUGGUCCCAGGGGUCCAUGGAUGACGGGGACUGGACCCGAGACAAAGUGUCAUUCCCCAAGAGUGUCAUGGGGCCCCCCGGGGGGUACCCAAGAGGAGAUGGCUACUACUUGCACAUGCUCUCCAGCACCUUCCCUCGGCGAGGGGUCGCCCGCUUGCGCAGCCCCCCAAUCUGGGAACAAGGGCCCCUGUGCCUGCACUUCGUCUACCGCCUGUUCGGGCUGUCCUGGGGCGCCCAGCUGAGGCUGCUGCUGCAGGUCGGAGAGCAGGACCAGAAUCAGCACCCCAACACCCUCUGGAAGCACUUCAACUCGCAAAGCCCCUCCUGGACCCCCAUCACCAUCACGGUGCCCGCUGCUGAGCUCAGCCUGCCCCGGAGGCUGGUGUUUGAAGGGAUGCGCGGCAGCACGACUUACCUGGACAUCGCGCUGGACUCCAUCGCUCUCCAUCGGGGCUCCUGCAAUCAGGUCUGCGUGUCACAGGUGUGCAGCUUCGACACGCUGAAUGACCUCUGCGGCUGGAGCUGGAUCCCCACAGUCUCGGGGGCCAAGUGGGUCCAGAAGAAUGGGUCGUCGGGGAUGCCGAAUGUGGGGCCUGAGGAUGACUUUUCCAAACCCGGCGGUGGCUUCUACAUGCUUCUGGACCCCGCAAACGCGAAGGAAGGGCAGAAAUCCGCGCUCGUGAGCCCCGAGACUCUGUCGUCGGGGUGCCUGAGCCUGUCCUUCCACUACACGCUCCGCGGCUACUCGCCCAGCGCCGCCCUGAGCGUCUACGCGCAGGUGGUGGGCAGCAUCCGGAAACACAGGCUCUUCUCGGGCCAGCCCGCCGCAGGCUGGCAGCCGGUCUCGGUCAAUUACACGGGCCAGGGCGCCCUUCAGUUCAUCAUUGUCGGCGUGUUCGGAAAGGAACCGGAGCCCGCUGUUGCUGUGGACGAGAUCCGCAUCGCUCCCUGUGGGGAGACUUUCCCCCAGUGCGAUUUUGAAGAUGACGUCCAUCCCUUCUGCGACUGGUCCCAGGUGGCAGAGAGAGGCGGAGAGUGGACCCGGGGAAAUAAAACCAGCCCCGACACAGCCUCCAUCGGAAAUUCUUUAAAAAACGGGGUUCACUUCAUCUACCUGGCAAAUAAUAAGUUCUCCCAGGAGGGCCAGAACUUCCGGCUGCAAAGUCGCCCCUUCUGUGCCCCUGAUGCCAUCUGCGUGGAGUUUUCCUACCACAUGCUUGGCCUCGGAAACGGCACGACCCUCAAGCUACUGCUCAGCAGUCCCACGGGCUCCCCUCCAAAAUCUCUCUGGUGCCAGCAGGGGUCCCAGAAACCUGACUGGAUGAAAAUUUCAAUCACCAUCCCUUCGGGACUUCCGCAACCCAUACAGCUGAUCCUGAGUGCCAUCAGGGGCUCCAACAAGGCCUUUAUUGUGGCUGUGGGCUUCAUUGGGAUCAAUCAAGGGACCUGUCAAGGCUGUAUUUCCCCCUCAGAGCUGUGUCCCCCAAAUGCCCACUUCGAGAGGUGCGGCUGCCUGGCAUCCUGUAACAACCCCAGGCCCAGCUGCGGCAGCCACUGUGUGAGCGGCUGCGUCUGCAAUUCUGGCUAUUUGUUCAGUAACAACAGCUGUACCGCGGCCUCUUCCUGCAGCUGCUUCUACAAUAACAAUUACUAUAAGAUCGGCGACUCGUGGUUCAGUUCCAACUGCUCGGAGCGCUGCCACUGCUUGCCUGGCAGUAACAUGAGGUGUCAUUUGGCUCGCUGCGGGACAAACUCGGUGUGCCAGCUGAAGAAUGGCCAGUAUGGCUGCCACCCCUAUGGCUCUGCCAUCUGCUCAGUUUACGGGGACACUAACUAUCUCACCUUUGACGGGAGGCACUUCCGCUUCAUGGGCAAAUGUACCUAUGUCUUGGCCCAGUCCUGUGGCAACUUGACAGAGCCGUUCUUCAGGGUGACGGCGAAGAAUGAGGGGCGAGGGCAAGAAGGCAUGUCCUGUGUCAGCAAAGUCUACGUGACCCUGCAUGAGACAGCUGUCACCCUGCUCAAGGACCGGCGGGUGCUGGUCGGGGGUCAGCUGGUCACACUGCCAGCCAAUCCUUCCAGCGGCGUCUUCCUGUUCCCAAGCGGGCGCUUCGUGGAGCUGCAGACAUCGUUUGGGGUGCGGCUCAGAUGGGACGGCGACCAGCAACUGUAUUUGAAUGUGCCCAGCACCUACGCUGGCAAACUCUGUGGCUUCUGCGGAAACUAUGAUGGAGACAACAGCAACGACCGCCAGAAGCCAGAUGGCAAAAUAGCGGCGGAUGAGGAGGAGCUGGGGAAGAGCUGGCAGACAGUGGAAGAUGAGGACAAGGACGUCCUCCCCGCUGUGUGGUCACUGUGGCCCUUCUCUUCUAGGUGUCAAAAGGGUCACGUGUCUCCUCCGUCCUGCAGCUUGGCCUUGCUGAGUCGCCUGUCGGGGCCCAAGAUGUGCGGCCGGUUGGUGGAGGAACAAGGCCCCUUUUCGGCCUGCCUGCCACACGUGCCAGUCACCACAUUCUUCAAGAAUUGCCUAUUCGACCUGUGCAACUUCCAAGGCAUGCAGCAGAUGCUGUGUACACACCUGGCGGCCCUGACGGAGACCUGCCAGGAGGCCGGCCUCGCCGUGAAGCCUUGGAGGGGGCCCGAGUUCUGCCCUCUGGGCUGCCCCGAGUUCAGCAAGUACACCCUGUGCGGCAAGUCAUGCCCCAGCUUCUGCCACUCCAACCUCUCGGGUGUAAACUGCCGGGACCGCUGCACCGAGGGCUGCCAGUGUGAGCCGGGCUAUGAGCUCAGCGGCCUCCAGUGCGUGCACUCCGGCCAGUGCGGGUGUAUGGACCCCACCCGGGGCUACUUCAGGGUAGGGGAGCAGUGGUACAAGCCCGGCUGCAGACAGUUGUGUGUGUGCGAGGCCAAGGAAGACAUCCGCUGCUUCCCAGCGCAGUGCUCGGAGCACGAAGUCUGCAACCUGCAGCAGGGCGAGUACGGCUGCCACCCCCAAGGGUAUGGCGUCUGCACCAUCUCUGGAGACUCCCAUAUCCAGACGUUUGAUGGGGCCCUGAGCCACUUCUUGGGCACCUGCACCUACGUGCUCACCAAGCCUUGCAGUGCCAGGGUCUUCGAGAGCCACUUUGUCGUGAGCGCCUCCAGCGAGUUCCGCUUGGGGAACCAGGACACCACGUUCGUCAGCGCCGUGCACGUGGAAGUCUACAAGGUCAAGAUCUCGAUGCUCAAAGGCUCCAGGCUCAUGCUGGACGGCCACCGGGUGCUGCCGCCCCUCGGGCUGCUCCAGGGUCGCCUGCUCGUGCGACUCAGCGGCGUCUUCCUGCGCCUGUCCACCGACUUUGGGCUCCAGGUGCGCUACGACGGGAACCACCUGGUGGAGGUGAAGGUGCCCUCGACCUACGCGCACCGUCUCUGCGGGCUGUGCGGGAACUAUAACAACGAGGUUCUGGAUGACAACGAGCUCGCUGACUGGGACCACCCCUGGAAGAUCCAGGAGGCCUCUGAAGCUGGCUGCUACACCACCAUCAAGUCGCAGAGUUGCAUGGAGAAAGAGAAUUUAGAACCCUGGGAAAAGAACUGUGCCAUCCUACUGAACCCCCAAGGACCCUUCUCACCGUGCCACCAGGUGGUGUCCCCGAAGGCCAGCUUCUUCAACUGUGCGACAAGCCAGUGUGGAAGCAAAGGCAGCCCCCUGGCAUUGUGCCGCUCCCUGCAGGCCUAUGCCACUCUUUGUGCUUCGGCUGGCCAGGUCCUGACCUGGAGGAAUAGCUCGGCCUGCCCCCUGCGGUGCCCGUCGGGCAGCAGAUACACCCCCUGCGCCAACCCCUGCCCGGCCACCUGCCUCGACAUGUUCUCCCCGACGGACUGCAACCCCGCACUGCCCUGUACCGAGGGCUGUGAGUGCCAGAAAGGCUACAUCCUGAGCGGCACCUCCUGUGUGCCCCUCAGCCAGUGCGGCUGCGCCCAGGGGCCAGACUCCUACCAUGCGGUCGGGGAAAGCUGGUACUCGGAUGAGACAUGCUCCAAGUUCUGUUCCUGUUCCGCAUCCAACAAUGCAUCUUGCCACCAGGCCUCCUGCGGCCGGAACCAGCAGUGCUGGGCCCUGGACGGGCUCACUCGCUGCCGGAACUCAUACGUGGGCGUAUGUAGCAGCGUCCUGGAAGAGCACUACUACUACGUGAGUUUUGACGGCACCCGACACGCACUGGGCGGCAACUGCUCCUAUAUCCUGGCCAUGAGCUGCCACUACACGGCCAACAUGCCUUUCUUCAAGAUUACGAGCCAGAACGGGCCACUGGAGGGCGCCGCCUGCGCCUUCAUCCAGCAAAUCAUGGUGCAGGCCUUUGACCUCCAGAUCACGAUGCAGAAGAACCACCGGGUGCUGAUCAACGACACGCAGGUGCAGCUCCCCUACAAAGACCAAGGCGUCCGAUUGGAAGGCGAGUUCCCCAAGCAAAGAUUCAGCGUCAUAGCCACUAACGACAGCACCCAGCUGACGCUCCCCAUCGGACUGAUCGUGAACUUCAAGUCCGACGGCAGCUACUUGCAGAUCCAAGUACCUGGAGCCUAUUACAAGAAAGUCUGCGGCAUCUGCGGGAAUUAUAACGGGGAGCAGGAGGAUGAACUGCUGAUGCCCAGUGAUGAGCUCGCUCAGAACGAUGCGGAAUUUGUCACCAGUUGGCAAGAUAAGGAGUUCAGCCUGAAUUGCCCAUCAAAUGCCCAGAAGGCGCAGGAGGAAACGACGCUGCAGCCCGAGACCAGCUGCUGGCAGGCUGACCUGUCCAGGGCCCAGGAGCAGUGCCAGGCGGCCUUCCAGACUCCGGCCUGGGUCAACUGCUCCAUCCACAUGAGUCUCGAGCCUUACCUGCUGCACUGCGUCCACAGCCUCUGCCGGUUCGGAGGCCUGAAUCAGGCCCUCUGUGAGUCUCUGCAGGCCUUUGAGGCCGCCUGCCAGGCACAGGGGCUCAAGCCCCACACCUGGAGGAACAGCAGCUUCUGCCCUCUGGAGUGUCCCGCCCACAGCUCCUACACCACGUGCAUGGAGCCCUGCGUGCCGGCAUGUGGGAAGUCCAAGUGUACAACACAGCCUCAGCCCGGGGCCAGCUGCCGGGAGGGCUGCAUGUGCCAACCCGGUUUCCUGCUCAGCAAGAAACUGUGUGUUCCUGAGAGUCACUGUAGCUGCACGAACCCAGAGGGCAGGCAUCUACCAGGUGGGCAGAUGUGGGUGUCCAAGGACUGUGCCCAAAGCUGCAUGUGCACCGCGGGGACCCUCCACUGCGAGCCCUUCUCGUGCCCGUUUGGCUCCCACUGCCAGGCCGUCCCCCAGGAAGGAGGCAGCUGCAAGCCGGACCAGUUGCAGCAGUGCUCGGUGUUCGGGGACUCCCAUUACCUGACAUUCGAUGGUCUCCUCUACACCUUCCCUGGCCGCAUGACCUACACCCUCCUCAGGACGGUCAGCAAUCUGCCCCGCGGCCUGGAACCCCUAGUGGUGGAGGGGCGGAACCAUGCAGAACCGAGGAACGUGCACACCCUGCAGGAAGUGACCGUUCGCAUCCACGACUACGUCAUCCAGAUGCAGAGCAACCUGCAGCUGGUGGUGAACAAUCAAAGGAUGACCGUCCCCUUCAAGCCCAGCAAGUACCUGCAGGUCAGCAUGCGGGGCCACCGCAUGUACCUGGUCACCAGCUUUGAGCUGAUGGUCAGCUUCGACGGGAAAGACAACGCAGUCAUCUCCCUGCCCACCACGUACCAGGACCUGGUGCAGGGUCUGUGCGGCAACUUCGACAAGGACAAGUGGAACGACUUCACCACCCCCAACGGCACCCAGGUGCAGGACGCCAAUGUCUUCGGCAGCAGUUGGGAGGUGAAGAUGAGCCCCGGAGGGCUGCGUCGCCUGCCCAGGGCCAUCAGGAAGGAGGAGGAGGAGGGCCCGGCUCUGUGCCACGGGGACCAGGGGGCGCUCACCAACGGCUCCCACGCCUGCGGUGUGCUGCUCGACCCCCAGGGGCCAUUUGCCGCCUGUCACCGUGUCGUGGCCCCAGAGCCCUUCCAGGAGCACUGCGCGCUGGCCCUGUGUGCCCGCCGAGACCCGGGGCUGCGUGAGGAGCUCCGCUGCCGGCUCCUGGGCGGCUACGCCAGCACCUGCCAGGAGGCAGGCAGCACCCUGGGCGGCUGGCGGGAGCACACACGCUGCGCUCUGGCCUGUCCAGCCAACACUGUCUACCGGAGCUGCAUGAGCCCCUGCCCGGCUUCCUGUGCCAGCCUGACGGCCCCCAGGACGUGCACGGGCCCGUGUGUGGAGGGCUGCGCCAGCCUGCCCGGCUACGCAUACAGUGGGGCCCAGAGCCUGCCUCGAAGCCGCUGCGGCUGCACCAGGGACGGCCGCUACUUCCAGCAGGGUGAGAGUGUCGUGAGCGAGGACUGCUCCCAGCGCUGCACCUGCGCCCGCCCGGGGCUCCUGCUCUGCCGGCCCCUGCGCUGCGGCCCGGGCGAGACCUGCACACUGGGCAACCUCACCCGGGGCUGCUUCCGGGAGAGCCCGUGUCUGCAGAACCCCUGUCAGAACGAUGGGCGGUGUCUGGAGCGGGGAAACCGCUUUGUCUGCGAGUGUGAACCGGGCUAUGGGGGAGACCUCUGCUCGGAGCCUGGGGACAGGCCACACCCCCCAGAGCCAGACAUGUCUAACUUCGUGCCCAUGGGGCUGGGAACGCUGGUGCUGAUGACUGCGUUGGUGCUGGCCCAGCUGUGUAUCUCCAGCAUGAGGAGGAAGAGGAUGCAGUAUUGGUUCCGGGUGAGCCCUCGCGCAGUUCUCAACGGGUCUCCAAAAAGGCAUCGAGAAAAUAAAAGUUAUUUUUGA